UCCAUCUAUGUUGCGCACAUGUGUUUGUUUUUAUUCCGUCGUUUGAGUUUUUGUUGAUUUAUAGUGAAUGAAAUAACAAAAUGAAAGUGAAAAUGAUUAGUCGCAACCCGGACAACUAUGUCCGGGAGACCAAGCUGCAGCAACACAAAGUUCCUCGCAAUUAUGAUCCGGCACUGCAUCCCUUGGAGGGUCCCAGGGAAUACGUGCGCGCCUUGAAUGCCACCAAACUGGAUCGUGUGUUUGCCAAACCAUUUGUCUGCAAUCUGAGUGGCCAUCGGGAUGGAGUUGCCUGCUUUGGCAAGCAUCCGAAAUUGUUAUCCACGCUGGCCACAGGCGCCUACGAUGGCGAGGUGCGCAUCUGGGAUUUGGCAAAUCGCACCAGUAUGCGCAGCUUUGUCGCCCACGAUGGCUUUGUGCGUGGCAUUGCAUAUGCCCGAAAUGGGGAACGUUUUUUCACCGUCGGCGAUGACAAAACUAUCAAAGUGUGGAACUCACAGGCACCGGAUGUGGGCGAGGAGGAAGAGCCGGUGAACACCAUACUAAGUCGUCAUAUACUGCAUGGCAUAUCGCACAAUCGGAAGACCAAGGGUUUCGCCACCUGUGGAGAAGUGUGCGCUAUUUGGGAUGAGCAGCACAACGAUCCCAUAAAGACGCUCAAAUGGGGCGUGGACACACUGCACACCAUAUCCUAUAAUCCCGUGGAGACGGAUGUGCUGGCGUGCUGUGCCAGUGAUCGCAGCAUUAUCUUGUACGAUCAACGGGAGGCACAGCCGCUGCGAAAGGUCGUGCUGACCAUGAAGAGCAACAAACUCGCCUGGAAUCCAAUGGAAGCAUUCAACUUCACUGUGGCCAACGAGGAUUGCAAUCUGUACACAUUUGACACACGGAAACUUAACACACCGCUAAAGGUUCACUUUGACCACGUCUCGGCUGUCACGGAUGUGGAUUAUGCACCCACCGGCAGGGAGUUUGUCUCGUCCAGCUAUGACAAGACGGUGCGCCUCUAUCAGGCCCAUCAGAGUCACUCCCGUGACAUAUACCACACCAAGCGUAUGCAGCAUGUGGUUUGUGUUGCCUGGUCCCUGGACAACCGUUAUAUAUUCUCUGGCUCCGAUGAAAUGAACAUUCGCAUGUGGAAGGCAAAUGCCUCAGAGAAACUGGGCAUAAUCCGUCCACGAGAGCGUGCCAAUUUCAACUACCAGGAGGCGCUCAAGGAGAAAUAUGCAGCACAUCCGCAAAUCAAACGAAUUGCGCGUCAUCGACAGGUUCCUCGUCAUGUGAUGAAUGCGUCGCGAAAGAUGCGCGUUGUCAAGGACAAGGAACGGGUCAAGGAGGCCAAUGUGCGCAAGCACUCGAAGAAGGGCAAGGUGCCUUUUGUCAGCGAAAAGAAGAAGCACGUCAUUCGCCAGGAUGUCUAAUUUUAAGUAUCUUAAUUUUAAAUUGUUGAACUGAAUAAAAUACAAUUCAAAUUGCGAAA